ACAUUCAGGAGAAGAACUCAGCGGCCUCAAACCCUUCUAAUUCUGCUGCUGCAGCAGCAGCAGCAGCAGCAAGAGGGGGGCCCCACAGGGGCCCCCAUGGGGGGCCCCCAGGGGCCUCUUCGGCUUCCCCCCGCGGCAGCCACGGCUUAGGCAGCAAGAAGCCAGCAGCAGCAGCAGCAGCAGCAGCAGCAGCAGCAGCAGCAGCAGCACCUGGGGAGCCUGUGUCUGCGUCUCCGCGGGGCAAGGCCUCGAGCAGCAGCAGCACGGGCAGCAGCAGCAGCAACGGCGGCAGCGACAGCAGCAGCAGCAACAGCAGCAGCAGCAGCAGCAGCAGCAGGGGGCAGCAGCUGCCGCAGCAAACUGAAGAAGAGUUUCUUAAGGGCUGCGGCUUCCAGGCCAUUUGGAGUGAACACUUUGAAGUGUCUGGACUCCUGGGUGCAGCAGCAAAGCUCUGCAAAGCUGCUGCGGGCGAGAAGGAGGAAGGGGAGUUUUUGGAAACCCUCAGCAGCUUUAAUUUGCUGCUGCAGCAAACCCGCGGGAAAGUUGGAAGACAUUUCAAUUUGCUGCUGGCGAGGCAGCAGGACCUCGAGGGUUUGCUGCUGCUGCAGCGCGAAAUCGAGGCCCGGGUGUCGCAG